AUGCGCCGCCGGACACUACCCGAGGCGCCCACGGAAGCAAGGGGGGCAGCCCGAGCCGAGGGGCCAACCACAACCCUGCCACCAUCCAUCACUCUGCCUCCUCCCGCGGGGGCAGCCCAAGCCCCCGAGCUCGGCCCGCAACCCACGGAGGCCCAGGCUCCCGAGGAGACUCCGGGGCCCGAAGUCACCUCGGCUCCGCAAGCUACCCCACGACAAAGUGCCAUUGACAUGAAUGAGGAGUCCGCUGCAGGCCCAGCACCUCAGCCUCCUCUGCCCUUGAAGAUUUAUGGCACCAUUGAAUCAAAGCAAGAGUCAGAGGAACAGGGGAAGUUUUCCUGCAAAAGGUCUUACCUAGCAGUUGCUGUCCUGUGCUAUAUUAACCUGGUGAACUACAUGGACUGGUUCGUUGUACCAGGAGUGCUUGAGAAGAUACAGAUGUACUUCGGUCUCAGAGACAGUAAGGCUGGCCUGUUGCAUACAGUUUUCAUCCUCUGUUUCUUGUUCUCGGCACCACUGUUUGGAUACCUUGGGGACCGGUACAAUAGGAAAAUCAUCCUGGGCGCUGGAAUACUACUUUGGUCAGGAGUUACUCUUGGUAGCUCCUUCAUCACUGAGUCGAUGGCCUGGCUAUUCUUCAUUUCACGUGGACUGGUGGGUACUGGCACUGCUAGCUAUUCCACAAUAGCUCCUUCCAUCAUUGCUGACUUAUUUGAGAAAGACCGCAGGAUUUGGAUGCUGUCCAUCUUCUACAUUUUCAUACCUGUUGGAAGUGGCCUUGGUUACAUCCUGUCUUCUACCAUGGAGCAUGCCACUGGACACUGGAGCUGGGGUUUCCGGGUUACACCUUGUAUGGGAGUAGUCGGCCUAGUACUCCUGGUCCUCUUAGUUCCUGAAUCUGCCCACCGUGCAGCUACAAAACAGGAAGAAAAUGCUGGUGAACAUGGAGAGAAUUCAACCUGGUGCAAAGAUGUCUUGUCCCUUUGCAGAAACUGGAGUUUUGUAUGGUCCUCGUUGGGUGUGACCGUCCUGGCCUUUGUCACAGGCGCUCUGAGCUUCUGGAUCCCCACAUUCCUCUGUAGAGCUCAGUUCCUCCAUCGCAACAUCUCUUCGCCAACAGAGGAAAAAUGCAAUGCCACCAACAGCUUGAUCUUUGGUGGCAUGACUGUUGGUGUGGGCAUUUUGGGGGUUGUUGCUGGUGCAGAAGCCGCCAGAAGAUACAAGAAGAUUAACCCGCAAGCUGACCCCAUCAUCUGCGCUGUGGGUUUGCUUGCCUCGGCACCAUGCAUAUAUCUGGCGAUCAUGCUGGCUCAGGAGAGCAUCGUGGCUACAUACAUUUUUAUUGCCCUUGGAGAAUUCCUUUUAUCUUUAAACUGGGCCGUCGUGACUGAUAUACUCUUGUACGUGGUAAAACCUGAACGCCAGUCAACUGCGAUGUCGCUGCAACUCUGCAUCAGCCAUUUGCUGGGUGAUGCUGGAAGCCCAUAUCUCAUUGGCAUUAUCUCCGAUGGAGUCCAGAAGAACCAGGCACAGUGGUCUGUCUUAUGGUCCUUCCGAAGCCUUCAGUACAGCUUUUUCUUGUGUGCCUUCGUUAGCGUCGUAGGUGGAGGCUGCUUCCUCCUGACGGCAUUUCGUAUAGAAGAAGACCGUGAGAAAGCUGCGAUGCCAGUUCAAGGUACCGAGAACAAAGGUUACCUCUCACAUGAAAAACAGCUGCCUGAACUUCCUGAAAACUUUACACACGUCCUCAUCCAGGUGACCAUUUGUGCACUGGAGCAAGAGAUGCUGGACCAGACACUCAUCAGCUUCCAGGCCACGGUGACACGAAGGCAGCCCGCGCCGAGUGGAAUAUUCGGGCUUCUUCCCGCCCCCGAAAGCACGCAUGCGGUCGUCCCCGGCAGCCCCCGAAACGUUGCCUUGGCAGCAGCAAACCCGACGGCGGCUUCUCCUCUCCCCCGCCUGCCGCUCCCCGCGCGCGCCUCCAAGUUCACCGGGAAGCCGAAGUCCGUGGGAUUUGUGCCGAAAGAGGCAGCAGGCGUGCGUACGCCGAGGCGCGCAGCACUGCAGUAUGAGCCGGGCACGUUCCCUCCUCGGCAGCAAGCGCCGCCGCCGCCGCCACGAUGUUCCGGGCCGGAGCUGACAUGUCCCAGGAGUCGAGCGCGGCUUGGCUGGCAGCCCCGGGGCCGAGCCGAAGCUACUGGGCCGCCGCGCCCCCCGACCGCUUCGUCUCCUGCGCCGCCGAGGCCCGCCGCGUGGCCUUGGCCGGCCGCUCCUGGCGCGCUCCUUGGCCCGCUCCCCCCGCGGCGCCCCAGCCCGGCGGGGGCGGAGCCUGGGCCGCCCCCUGUCGGCUCUGCCUGGCGGAGCAGCUCCGCCAGGGCAGCCAACCAGGCGGCCGAGCCCGGGCAGCCCAAGAUGCGGCGCUGA